AUGACUGUGGUGGCGGUGGCGACGGUAAUGGUAGGUUUGGGGCCUUUUUUGGGUGGUGAUGGUGUGGUUGAAAUGGUAGUUUUGAUUCUUAGUAUAAGCAGUGGUGAGAUGGUAGCUCUGGCGAUGGUGAUGGGGCUGUGUUGGGUUGGAGUUAUGUUAAGACACCGUAGAAAGGAAAAUUUUGACAAUCCGACUAUCACACGGAGCAAAACUCCGGCGCCAACAUAUUAUGGCGGUGAUGGAAAAGAUGGAAAGGUCAGUGGCAUAAAGGAUGGGAAUAUGGUGGUGUUGGCCGGAGCAGGUGCUGCUGUGGCUGCAACAGCCGCUACUGCAGCAGUUGUGGUGGCUGCGGAUGAAAGUGAACGGGAUCGCGAUCGUGAUAAUCAAGCUAGUGGGGCAGGUGGUCGUGGGGCUGCGCCUGUAACCGCUGGUGGGGACGGAAACAGCUGCGGUACUUCCCAAGGUUGUUGUUGCGGUGGCGGUGAUGGCGGUGGUUGUGGUUGUGGAGGUGGAGGUGGCUGCGGCGGUGGUUGCGGUUGUGGAGGUGGAGGUGGCUGCGGCGGUGGUUGCGGAGGGACGGAUUCCAACCAAAGCACAACUUCAGGGACCAAUUUAAAGCUUCCAGAAAAUAUAGCAGCCGACUUGCAUAAAUCAGAAAGUUCGGGGACCAACUUGUAG